GAAGUUUUUACUGGAUGGGCAACCCUCGGUUUUUGGUUGCUCCCGUAUUUUGUUGCAAAUCAGGCGCGAAUCUCAUGCGCUGCCGUUACUUUCGAGUUGUAAUUUGAAAAGUUGCACAUAGAAAAAGGUUGCAACAACAACAGCACAACAACAGCAACUGCAAUUGCGACAAUUUGAAUUAUUUAAUGUCGCCAGCCGUAUUGUUGAGCCGCAGUAAUUGUUUUAUGUUAAACGCCUUCAAUACAUGGCGGAAAUUGAACAUUGUGGCAGCAACAACAACAACGCGCAACUACAACACCAUUAGCAACAAAAACAACAACAAGAGAUUUUUCGGCAAGCAGCGAGAAAAUCCAGUUAAGACCACAUAUCGGCAUUAUCAAACCUAUAAAUCCAUGGAUUCUCCUCCGGAUGUGUUUCGUGGCGUGACGGAUCGGUUCAAAGGCGUCACCGUAGACGGCAAACAGGAGACGACAAUCAACCACACAGAAUUCCGGCAAAAGCUACAAAAAUCCUUGGACUACUGGACGGCACAGAAGAAGCGUGCGAUUUGGUUUCGCGUCUACAAGGAGCAAGCGGACUGGGUGCCCAUUUUGGCCGAGUCGGGCUUCGAUUUCCAUCAUGCACGGACCGGAGUGGUCGUCAUGUAUCGCUGGCUGCCAACAGAUGAGACACCAAAUCUGCCACAUUAUGCACAUACAUUGUUGGGCGUCGGUGGUUUGGUGAUCAACGAUCAGAAUGAGGUCUUGGUUGUCUCCGAUCGAAAUGCGCCUGUCAACAAUAUUUGGAAACUGCCCGGUGGCUAUGUGGAGCCCAAUGAGAAUCUUAUUGAUGCCGCCGUGCGUGAGGUUAAAGAGGAGACCGGAAUUCGAACAACAUUCACAUCCAUGAUCUGUCUGAGGCAUUCACAUGCUGGCAACUUUGGUUGCUCCGACAUUUACAUUGUCAUGGGCCUAAAACCCCAAAAUCUAGACAUAAAUCGUUGCAAUCGGGAAAUUGAACGUGUCCGUUGGAUGCCACUUGAUGAAUACCUGGAGCAUCCGCAGGUGCUUGAGGGGAAUCGUCUCUUUGCCCGCACCUAUCUGGACAAUCGGAAGCGUGGACUGGACUUUACCUGUACCAAUAUGUUGCAUCAGGUGCUCAAGAAAGAGUAUCAAUUGUAUUACGUUGAUACGCAGCCAAAAAAUUAGUGCAAUUUUCUCUAGAAAACAAAAACUUGGCUUAAUUUUAAUUUGUACAUAUCCAACAAAAAUUUGUAGUUAAAAUUUUUAGUAAGUUUUUAUGGAUAUCUUAUGCGAAUUCCAAAUAUUUUUAUACAAAUUACAAAAACCAAAAAAA